UUUAUGGUCUGGGUAUGCAAACAUCUUUAUUUAGUGCACCAUGUGAAACUGGGCUGACCAAGUCAACAUCUACAGUGAAGACCUGGAGAGCAACCAAUAUUCUUAACAGGAAAACUUGUUUUUACAAGUUAGUUCUUACAAAGACCAUUUUGGCUGAUUUCCCAGACAUAGGUUAAGCCAAGUCUUGGACAAAAAGAAGCUCAAUGGAGAUUCUUCAUUUAUUUUGUAGUCCAGGACUAGGCAUAACAUGUUUUUGCAAAUCCAGGCAAUAGAUUGAACGACUAUUUUUAAAACUUCUACUGGCUAACAGGUUUUUUGCAAUCGGAUGUACUUUGCAUAAAGGUACAGUGCAGAUAGCAUGACCUCUCAACGUUUAUUUGGGAGGUUGAACUCAGGAGAGUUUUCUUACUGCUCUGGGAAAAUGGACAAUGUAAAAGCCGGGGAGAAUACAGCAUCUGGAACGGGCCUGCUUCAACUAAGAAAGAUGGAUGGGUCCACAGAGAUGGAUUGCUGCUAUUCACGAUACCGACUGUUAGCACAUUACCUGGCUUUGCUUUGUUUUCUGCUGACUUUGGCCAUACUCCUACAGACCUGUUACUUGUUGCAGAUCACCUUGAGCUUCCAGUCACAGUCCACCUUGAAAGAGGCCAAGCUCAAAGACCUUACUCAGAAACUGGACUCUCUGAACCAGUCCUACCUACUUCUCUUCCGCAAGUACCCAGCGCUCAACCAGUACUGUUCCAUAGCCAACAGCACCAACAAUGAACGUGAGUGCAGUUCAUGCCCAGAGGGAUGGGAAUCUUUUGGGGAGAAAUGCUACCUCUACUCCCAGGACAGAUGGGAUUGGAGCUCCAGUCAGUACCACUGCCUGUCUGCAGGGGGCAACCUUGCCAUGGUGAAAAAUGAGGAGGAGCAGAUCUUCCUUUGGAAGAGAGCUAAGGAGUUGAGCCAAGGAGAUUCGUACUGGGUCGGCCUGAGAAAGGGUAACCCAGGCAAAGCCUCGCAAUGGGUGGACAAUUCUCCUGUGGCGAACUGGUUUUUGGACGUUUUCGGAGAUAAUGAUCCUAAGAACGUGGACACCAGGGAGCUGUGUGCUGUGCUGUUACCAGCAGACAGCCACAAGGCUGAUUGGUAUGCCACCACAUGUAUGAACAGCCUGAAGAGCAUUUGUGAGAAGACACAAGGCACACUGCAAUGACUGAAAUCCCACAUGAGUAGAGACAGAGAAAGGGAGAGGUCAG